AUGGCUUCAUCAAAUGGUUCAUCAAAUGGUUCAUCAACAGAAAACGCAAAAGGCAAAAAAAUAAAUAACCAGCGCCUCCAAUGUGUAAAUAGAUAUUGUAUGCAUGGUGAUGGCCUAAUGAAAGCCUAUGAUUUUGUGUGCAAUUACUAUCAUGUUCGCUUUACACGAACGAAAGAGGUGAUUAUCAAUUAUAGUUAAAAUUAAAUAUCAAGUAUAGAAAAUAUAAAUAAAUAAAAAUAAAAAUGUAUACAUAUAUUUAUGCAAAAGAAAUAAAUACAUUAUUACAAAAAGAACAAAAUAAAGUCCGGAGUAUUACAAAAUGUUUGUGUUUACCUAAUCAGUUUUGAUUUUCAAAAUCAUUAAGCAAUAAAACCACAAAAAGUAAAAAAAUAUUUUAUUAGUACCAUUGUUAUUAUUACAUAUUAUUCUAUAAUCAUUUUACACAUUAUUUUUUUGCCUUUGUUCCAUUAACUAAUGGUGAUUUUUAAAUCAAAAUACACUGAAUUUUUAAAACUCUUUAUAAUAACAAAUAUGUAUUGUUUUUUUAUUUAUUUAGUUUUACUUUAUCUAUAAUUUUUAAAUUUGAUAUUUUUAUGACAUAAUUCAGUUUACUUAUAGACAUAUUUAAUUAUUUAUACAAUUUUUAUUUUAGGUUUGCUCAACGUGUUUUAAAAAUUGUUUGGAUCAUUUUAACAAACUCAAAGUCCAAUGGGAUAAUGGUAAAUGUCUUUUAAAAACACCGUUUCCAUCAUUUGAAUCAUAUUUUAUGAUUGAAUCUUCAAGUGAAGACGAAAAUGAUAAGUCUGUUCCUAAAGAAGUUCUUAAUUUGAUACCCAAAGAUCCAAAACUAUUGGCUAUGGCUAAUUUGGGGUUUAAUUAUUAUUUUGAAAAUAAUAAGGAAAUAAUUGAUAAACAUUGGAAAUUAUGUGAAAAUGAACAUCAAAAGAUGUUAAAAAAUUGUAUAGCUCAAGCCGACAAGAUUGAUAAAAAAUUUAAAAAUUUAGAAACAGAAUUUGAAUCAGUAAAAACCUCCAUAUAUGCGCCAUAUAGACCAACAACUGAGGUCAUAGAGGUCUUCCAUGUUCAAGAAUCCAAUAAGAAAGUUGAUAACAAUGUAAACGUGAUGAGUGGUAUGACACAUAAUGAAGAAAAUAGAAUAGAAAAAGACAAUAUUGUUGAUUCUCUUAAUAGUAUAAAGAUCUCCAAUAAACCAGAUGGUCUACCUAAUAAGGGGCCUUUAGAAUAUUCCGAUUUACGAGUUGGACAACAAAUGUUUGGAAAAAGACUUUCACUACUAGAUCCAUGGGAUAAAUGCAAAAUUAAAGCUGUAAUAAACACUGAAUAUUUGCACUUAAAGUUUGGCACUAAUGAAAUGAUAUUAAUGACAAAAGAAGUAGCCUACUUUGAUCCAAGUUCAGUACAAUAUCCUAUAGGCUCCAGAGUUAUUGCCAAGUUGUCUAAAAAUGAAAAACCAAAAUCUGAGUAUUAUGCUGGUGUAAUAACUGAACCACCUGUUCAAUUCAACAAUUUUCGGUAAAAUUAAUUAUUUAAUAUAAUUAUUAUUAUGUUUGUUUUGGUAAAAAGUACAUAUUAUUAACUGUCACAAAAUAAUUAUAACUCUAAAAUUUUACAAUUAAUUUUUUUUUUUUUGCGAUGUUAUCCAUAUUUUUAGAUAAAUUCUCUAUGAUUGAUUACGUAUACAAUAUAUUAUAUACAGGUAUCUACGGAAACAAUUAACACUAUAACUGUACCUUAAUCAUAUUUUUGAAUUUGGUUUUCGAAGAUACUACUACUGGAGGACCAUUAUUUUUUCGGUUAUAUAAUUUUUUUAACUAAUGAAAAAAUAAUUUUUUUUCUUGUAGUUUUCGUAGUUUUUGUAGUUGAAAGAAAUCUUUUUUCUAGUAUAAUUUUAAAUGCAGUCAGUUUUAAAUUUAGAAUAUAAGUUGAUAUAUCAAUCUGAUUUGAAAAAAUUUGUCCAAUUAAGAUAUGACCAAUAUGGUUUUAAAAAAAAGAAGUUGUGGUGUGCAUGCACCACAACUUCAUGCAGAAUACACUAGUUAAAAAAUUAUAUGUUGAAAAAAAAAAUGGCCCAGUAGUAUAGUUUUGUUUUUACGUUGUUGAAACUUUCUGCUUUUAAGUAAGAGUAAUGGGAGAGUAGUGGAGCAACAUAUUUUGUGUGAGCUGUGCUGCCAUUUGAAUGGCAUUAUGCCACAUGCACAUGUUUUAUUAUGCCAUUUGAGUGCUAUCAAAAGAGUUGAUGGAAAUAAAACAUGUUAACACCAAAAAUUAAUUUAAACUAGUCUUCAAUAUAUUUAUGGAAUUUUUAAUAUAGUUUGCUAUCUGAAAAUCAAAAGUAGGUAGCAAUAAUAAAUAACUACAAAAAUCUGGAAAAUUUAACAUUUUAGAAUAUAUAUGCAUGAUAAAAAAAUUUCUAUGUAAUUUAUUAAAAAAAAAAAUUAAUUCAUUGAAAAUAUGACUGUAACAUGAAAUUUGAAAGACUUUGUAUACAUUUAUAGCACAUUAAAAACAAACCAAAUCAUUAUAUUAUAUCUAUGUUCUCAUGAAGUUUUUCGUGAUUAAUAACAAAUUGUUUUUAGAUGCAUUUAGAAAAUAAGUGACCCAUUAUUUUACUUCAUGACACACUUUUAAGUAUUUAUUGUAAUGAUAUAAUAUGUUCAAAGUUUAUUUUUUACCAAUUUUUAAACCAUAUUUUAUUGAUUACAUUUAUUAAGCUGUAAACUUUUUGUAUUAUCAGUCUCAGUCAGCUACAAAAGAUGGAUUUAUAUACAAUUCACUACUAAAAAAUUAAUUUAAAUUUUCAAUUAAAAAUAAUAAAAUACUUGGUUUGAGGACAGUUAAAUAUGUAAUAAUUUUCCCUUUAGGAAACUAAUACAGUCAAACAGUAAACCUAUAAUAGAAUAAAUAAAAAAAGUUUUACAAAAAAUAACCAAUUAAUGUAUUCUGAUGUGGUCUAUAUUAUGUAGAGAGUUUAUUUGGUGUAUAUAACAACUGGAUUAUAAUUAUUUUGAUGAUGUAUUAAGGAUAAAUUAUUUUAAUAUUUUGUAUAAUUUAUGUUGAUUGUAUUUUAUAGAUAUAUGGUAUUUUUUGACAAUGGUGAUGUUGGAUAUCGGCACCAUGAUGAUAUCCGUUUAAUUGCAAACAAGUCUAUAAAUGUAUUAAAUGAAGUACAUGAUAAUUUUAAAGAAUUUUUACGUAGUUAUUUGGGAAAAUAUCCGAAGCGUGAAAUGGUUAGUUUAAGUAAUAACCAUUUAAUAAGGGCCAAAUUUAAUCAACAAUGGAUGGUGGCUAAAACCAUUGAAGUUGAUGCAUCAAUAGUAAAAUUAUUCUUUAUGGAUGUGAACAAAAGUGAAUGGUUAUACCGGGGUUCUUCCAGAAUAUGGAGCAUUUUUGAAAAACAAAAUACAUCUGAAAAAAGUAUUUCUAUAAAACAAUCUGGACUAGUAUGUUCGAAAAAAACUGUUGUUAAAAACUCAAAUGUAGACAAUUCAGAGAGAGUAAAAUAUUUAGAAACUGUAAAAAAACCCGAAAUUGUAAAACAUGCUGAAAAAGAAAUUACUAAAACUAUUGUACCUCAUAGAAGUGUAGCUCGUAAAAGUACUAGCAAGAAAACUAAGAACACAGUACCUAUAAAUACAAAUAUAAAUGAAAAAGAAUCUUUCUUAUUUAAGAUCAAUUACAGACAAGUACCUGAUACAGCUCUUAAACCGAAAAAAAUAACAAAUCAUGUCUGUAAACAUUCUUGUGUAGCAUGGACUGGAUAUGAUUAUAAGGAAACAAAAGAACUUAACAUGUUAGCCAUACCAUUGCAUUAUGGUUUUGAAAGAUAUAUUGCAUAUUUUAAAAAUAGCAAUUUCAAUACUGUUUUAUCAAGAUGUGUUUUGUACAGAACGCCAUGUGGUCGUAUGAUCCGAAGUAUAAAUGAAAUGUGUAUAUAUAUUAAUAUGACGGACAGUGCUUUUACAAUUGACCAGUUUGAUUUCUGUAGCUGGGUGGAACCUCUGGCAGAAUAUGAAGCAUUGAAUUUUAAAAAAUGUUUAGAUGAUUUAUCUAAUGGAAAAGAAUUUAGGCCAAUAACAUGCAUUAAUUCUAUAAAUAAUGAAUUACCUCCCCCUAUGGAGUAUAUGACCAUGAGACAAGCUAUGCCUGGCGUCAACAUUAAUGUUGACAGUGAUUUCUUAUGUGGAUGCGAUUGUACCGAUAAUUGUCAAGAUAAAACCAAAUGUGCAUGUUGGGGUAUUACGAUUGAAGGUCAAAAUGUUUUGCCCAACAUCUUCAACGACCCAAAUAUCGGUUACAAUUAUCGAAGAUUACCUGAACGUGUUCUGACCGGCAUUUAUGAAUGUAAUAAGACUUGCAAAUGUAAAUCUAGCUGUUUGAAUCGUGUGGUACAACAACCAUUAUCACACAAAUUACAAUUGUUUAUGACAGAAAAAAAAGGAUGGGGUGUUAGAUGCCUUAAUGAUAUACCUCAGGGUAGUUUUAUAUGUGUUUACGUAGGAUUUUUACUAACGGAAGCAGAUGCAAAUGAAGGUGGUAAAAAUUAUGGUGAUGAAUAUUUAGCAGAGUUAGACUACAUUGAAGUAGUUGAAAAAAUAAAAGAAGAUUAUGAAAGUGAAGUACCCCCAGAAAGUUUAAUUUUUACAAAUAACAGUAGUGAUAAUAGUACAAUUGAUGAAGAUUCUGAAUCUAAUGAUGAAGAAUAUAGAGGUAUGUCUAAAUUUAAGAGGAUGUGAUAUUCUCAUUUCAUCUCUCAGCCCAAAAAUAUUGUUAAACAAAAAAAAAGUUAUAGGUAUUUAGGUUUUGCACAUAGGCAUGCCCAUGAGAUUGAGGCUCUCCCUCCAGCCAUAUGAGGUUUUUUUUUAGUUUUACAAAAUAUCUAUAAUUUUUAAGUACAAAUAAGUAUAAAUUCAACUGGUUUCAAUUAAUGCCAUGAAAAUGAAAUAUUAAUGAAGCACUUUUCAUUUAUAAAUUUAAAUAAAUAUUCUCUCAGGGGUGAGAUAGAAUUACAGAAAACUAAGUGGGAAUAAUCAAUUUGCAAAGAUUUAAUAUAAUAAUAUAGUUUUAGAAUAAAAAUUGGAAAUGUAUAUUUAAUUUAAAUUUUAGAUUCUGUAGCAAAGAGUGUAUAGGUUUUAUUAUAAUGUUUAUUUGUUUUUCUUGUAACAGAAAUCUUGCUUUGAUGUGUCAGUGUGCACAUUUCCUGAAAAGAAAUAUUGUCUACAUGGUACUUUAAGGAAGACAUUUUUUGAUUUUCAAGCAGUUUUCAUAAUAUCUAGAAAAACUAGGAGAAAUAAGUAAAAUAUUAAACAAAUAUUAUUGAAGAAAAUAUAUAAUGCAUAUGCAAUUACUUUACUAUAAUAUGACAUAUGAAUUGUUGACAAAGCAUCACUAUCAACUAAACUGCACUAAGAAUCUUAUUUGAUCAACAGUGAUUUAUUGUUCUACAGAUAUACAUUAUAUUUCCUAUCUUUAUUAUCCUAAGACGUCUUUUUUUUACAAUUUAUUUAAAUAUAUUAUACAAAUUAAUAAAUACAUAAGAUAUGUACAGAUAUACAUUAAUUUUCCCUUCUGCUUCUACUAAAUACUUUUACUACCUUCCCAACUUCUCUUCGAUAACAGUGGCUGCUACCUUCACCAUUAUCCUAAGACAGCCUUUUAGGUUAUUUAUAUUAUUUAAUAUGAAAAAAGUAAUACUAACUUUCAAAUUGUUUUAUUUUACUGCAUUUGUACAAUAUAUCUGCAGUUUUCUAAGCUAAUAUUAGUUGAAAUGACAUCACACAUAUAGGUUUAAAGUUUUUGUUGACCAAAGAGGUGGUAUUCAAGAGUAAAAUAUGUUCGCCCACCUUCAUGGAAUUAACCUAAAGAUGUUCCUAUUUAAUUAUUUGAAUACCUGUAACUUUUAUUGUUUAACAAUAUUUUAGAAAAACGAUUUUAUUUAUUUAUAUUUUUACUUUGUUUACCUAUUUAAAUGAGCAGAACCCAAUAACAAAUUUGAUAUAUAAAUAUUGGAACUUAAAUCUAUUUACUAUUAAAAUAAUAAUAAUAAAUUAAUAACAGUAAGUAAUAAUAAUAAUAUAAAAAAAUUAAAAUAGUAAAAAUUAAUAAGAUCAACCUGGACUCAUUAACUAACAUUAUUAUUCUAUUUAAAGGUACUGCAGGGCAUUUUUUAUUUUUUUGCUGUUACAAAAAGAUUUAAAAAUAUUAAUUUUUAAAGUUUGUUAACAUUUUAAGGAUUUUGUUUAUGAAUAUAAAAUUAUUGAGAUAAGUUAUUGGAAAAUGAAAACGCUAAGUCACAGAAAAUUAUCAGUUUGGAUGCAAUAUCAACAUUAGAUGCAUUUGAUAAAAUUAAGUUUAAAAUAAUUGGCUAUUGAAUUAAAUUGUUUUAAACUUAGAUAUGAAAAGUUAAUUAAUGGGGGGUCACAUUCAAACUAUAACAAGACACACUUUCAUCACUUGUUAAUGUCCAUUAGUAGUUUACUUUUCUAAAAGUCGCCCACAGAAAUCAUUUAUAUUACAUUUUAGAUCUAGUUUGACAGCAAACAAUUUUCAUAGUAAUCAGGAAAAUACAAAAAUGUUAUGGUGGUAUUGAAAAACCCAAAAUCCAAAAUGGGGCUACAUUGUUACGUACAUGGUAUAUUUUUUACUGAGUCUUUCUCAAUUACUUUUUUAUUAAAUGGAUCAUGUUUCCUCCAGGCAUAUCCUGCCUAAUUAAACUUUUUUUUUUUAAUCUCCUUUAGUGAACACUAAGUACUACAAUUUUGUUUAGUUAGAUUAAAUUUUAUAAUAUUAUGUUUGUUAAUAUACAUAUAUAUAUAUUUUUGUAUUAUAUAGAAAGACCACCUGUGGCAUCAGACAUUUUAUCGCGUUUGCGAAAACGCACAAAGAAGCCCAAACCUGAGAAAAAAAAAUAUCAACACGCUGACAAACUCGAUAAAAAAAAUAACUCAGUACCCAAAAAAACAAUGCGGGAGUACUUUGGGAAUAAUGAAAGUGCUUUUAUUAUGGAUGCAAAGACUAGUGGCAACAUUGGACGGUACUUAAACCAUUCAUGUUCCCCAAAUAUUUUUGUUCAAAAUGUAUUUGUAGAUACUCAUGAUAUAAGGUUCCCGUGGGUGGCCUUCUUUGCAUUACAUUACAUAAAAGCUGGAACAGAACUUACAUGGGAUUACAGUUAUGAAGUAGGAAGUGUUCCAGGAAAAGUAAUGAUGUGCCAAUGCCAAUCGGUUCAUUGUAGAGGAAGAUUACUAUAG